AUGCCAGACAGUCGGGUGCCUCUAUGCGAUCAGGGGGAAGGAGUAGAGAGGGCGACCUCUUACGACAGAGAUGAACAGAAGCCGGAGCGGCAGUUCUCGUUCCGUCCUGUUGAAGAGUCCAUGACGGCUCUGGGACAGACAGUCAGACACGGAGAGACUCAGGCAGACACAGACAGAGCGAUGUCAUUCACCAGAAGGAGCCGGGUGGUGGCAUGGUGUCCCGCUCAACUGGAUCAAUACGCGGGCACACCGCUCGCUGCUGAAGCGCCACUGCCCCGGUUCUAG